AUGGCGCUGAAACAGGACCCAAAGCCCAAAUUCCAGGAGGGUGAGCGAGUGCUGUGCUUUCAUGGGCAUCUUCUCUAUAAAGCAAAGUGUGUAAAGGUUGCCAUAAAGGACAAACAAGUGAAAUACUUUAUACGUUACAGUGGUUGGAAUAAAAAUUGGGACGAAUGGGUUCCAGAAAGCAGAGUACUCAAGUACGUGGACACCAAUCUGCAGAAACAGCGAGAACUUCAAAAAGACAAUCAGGAGCAGUAUGCAGAGGGGAAGAUGAGAGGCGCUGCCCCAGGGAAGAAGACCGCCGGCCUGCAGCAGAAAAGUGUUGAAGUGAAAACCAAAAAGAACAAACAGAAAACACCUGGAAAUGGAGAUGGUGGCAGUACCAGCGAGACACCUCAGCCUCCUCGCAAGAAAAGGGCCCGAGUGGAUCCUACCGUUGAGAAUGAGGAAACAUUCAUGAACAGAGUUGAAGUGAAAGUAAAGAUUCCUGAAGAAUUAAAACUGUGGCUUGUUGAUGAUUGGGACUUAAUUACCCGGCAAAAACAGCUGUUUUAUCUUCCUGCCAAGAAGAACGUGGAUUCCAUUCUAGAGGAUUAUGCAAAUUACAAGAAAUCUCGAGGAAACACAGAUAAUAAGGAGUACGCUGUGAAUGAGGUGGUGGCCGGCAUAAAGGAGUACUUCAAUGUGAUGCUGGGGACUCAGCUGCUCUACAAAUUUGAGAGGCCGCAGUACGCUGAGAUUCUCGCAGACUACCUGGACGCGCCCAUGUCCCAGGUGUACGGGGCGCCGCAUCUACUGAGAUUGUUUGUACGAAUUGGAGCCAUGUUGGCCUAUACUCCUCUGGACGAGAAGAGUCUUGCAUUGUUGCUGGAUUAUCUUCAUGACUUCCUAAAAUACCUGGCAAAGAAUUCUGCAACCUUGUUUAGUGCCAGCGAUUAUGAAGUUGCCCCGCCUGAGUACCAUCGGAAAGCUGUGUGAGGCGAGGCGCUGACGCUGUUUGGAUUUCUGUAAACGCAUUUUUGUUUAGUCCUCCUCUUGUACAAAUGAUGUACUUUGCAAAUGUUAGUAUAUAACAGAAUUGAUGUUGAUCUUAAACAGAGAAAAUAAAAGGGGUUAUAGCUCCUUUUUUCUUUUCUUUUUUUUUCAUUUCAAAGUCGCUACCAGUGUAUUCAGUGAUGGACGACGAGAGACAUACUGUAGAGUGUUUUAUUGCCUAGUCGACCAAGCUCCUUUUGAAUGCUGGUGGUUCUAUCCCUUUGACACUCCGCACUUUUAUAAUAUGUGUUAAUGCUGUAUGACAAACUGCUCUGAUUCCUAGUGCCAAAGGUUCAAUUCAGUGUAUAUACCUGAACACGCUCAUCCGUCUGUGCUCCUUUUUUAUGGUGCUUAAAGUAAAGAGCCCAUCCUACAGGCCGUCCAUGCUGUUCCUUAGGCAUCGUCCCUUUGCUCCGAUUGUUGAAGAAUGGUGGCUUGUUUCAUGGUUUUGUAUUUGUGUCUAAUGCACGUGUUAACAUGAUAGACGCAAUGCGUUGUGUAGCUACAGUUUUCUGGAAAAGCCAAUCUUUUAGGAAUUGUUUUUCAGAUCUUCAAUAAAUUUUUUCUUUAAA